UCACGGAUACGACGUGUGAUCCAUAAAUAAAUAUCGCAUUAUUUAAUUCGCCAUUUUCUAAUUUCACUCCAUAUUUAGUGAUGUGGUAACGAUAUAGACUAAAGAACGUUUAGGUAAAUCGUAAUUAAUCGAUAAGUAAUAAAGCGUUAUUUUAAAAAUAAUUUUGGAAAAUUUUUCGCAACGAUUCCAGAUUACAGACUAUAGUGUUGUGUUUUAAUAAACAAGUGUGUCAUUCGAUGGACAACGAAUUGAAUAAUUUGGUCCUAAAUUGGGGUCCGUUACUGAUGCAGCGUCGAGAUUACUGUUCAGUGGACAUUCAGACUGUGCUAACGUUAGUGUGAAGGUUUCUUCACCGUCUACCUAGUGUUGGUCGGAACUCCGUGAAGAUAUCACAAUGUUAUCCUUGGAAGAGCUAGCGGUCCGCCUAUUCGAUGCCGGGGCGGUGCGCCUGGGGGACAUCGAGGCCAAGAUCGGCAGGCGCACACCCAUCUACUUCGACUUACGAGUUGUUGUGUCUCAUCCGCAGAUUAUGCUUUCGGUGGCUCAACAUUUGGAGAAGCUCGCGAAAGACAUCAAUCAUGAGCUGUUAUGUGGCGUCCCGUACGCAGCGCUGCCACUCGCCGCCGUCAUGUCCAUCAACACAAACACUCCAAUGAUCAUGAAAAGGAAAGAAACCAAAAUGUACGCUACGAAACGAAUCCUAGAAGGAAUCUUCGAGAAAAACCAGAAAUGUCUUGUCGUCGAGGACGUAGUGACAUCUGGUGGCAGCCUUAUGGAAACUGUUAGCACUUUACGUUCCGAAGGCUUGGAAGUCACGCACGCCGUAGUAGUUCUCGACCGCGACCAAGGUGGCGUUAGUGUAUUGAAACAGAACGGUAUUGAAGUAAAAUCAAUUUUCAGUUUGACUGGUUUGCUGAGAAUCUUGAAUGAAGCCGGCAAGAUUAGUGACGAAACUGUUGAUAUUAUUUUAGAACAUAUUAAGGAAUGCCAGUUUAGCAACUUGGAUUUCAUGAAGGAUAACUUAGAGAUUAUGUCACUUUGAUAUUUUGAUUUAGAAAGUUAAGAUAUAGUUAGGUUCCACUGGUUUCAAUACCAGCUUAUACUACCUGAAUCCAACCAUCCAAGAAUAUUUUGCCGACUAAAAUGAUGAUAAUUAUGUAGGAACCUAUGUCUUUACAUAGUAAUUAAUACAUUAGAAUAGUAAGUAAGUAAACAGGUACCAAGUAUUUGCCUAAAUGACUAAUGUAUCUCUAUUUAUAUAAUGUAACAAUAAGUAUCUAUAAAGACGAUUUUCUACUUAUAAAUAUGCGUAAUUACAAUGUAAGAAGAAUGUUUGUAAUAUUUAAAAAUAUAGAAUUAAAUUUAA